AGUGCUACCCCAUAUUCAAAAAAACGCCAUAGGCGACUAUUUCACAUCCUUCCCCAUUCUCAUCGUCAAUGUCCCCUUCAACUUCCGUGUCACAAUCACACCCAUCAAUCUAAUAAACAAUCCACAAAAUACUGAAAACAGCAAUAAUAAUAUAAAUUAAACAAGCACCAUUAUUCUCCAUCAAAAUUAGACAAAAGCAUAAACAAUCCAACAAGAACAAAAAAACUCGCCCUUGUCUUCUUCUACCACCAUGGACAGGCUAGUGAAACCAGAUGUAAAGGAAGUGGAGCUGAUAUUCCAGAAGGGUCAAAAGUGCAGCACCUCCUUCAAGCUCACCAACCUUAUGCACACCAUGUCCGUGGCAGUGUGUCUAACCACCACAAACCCAUCUUUGUUCUCUUUCAACAAGCUCUUCUCCAUAAUCCCCCCACUCUCUUCUGCAUCUUACACCCUCCAACUUUCUCAGCCCUCCGAUGAACCCCAUCUUACGGACCCUCCUGACGUCAUCAUCAUCCGAACCUCCAUGCUCCCCACCGGUAAGGCCCACGCCGACGACCUCCGCCGCAUCUUCUCCAAACCGGGACCCCACGUUUUCCGCGAUGCCGUUAUAACCGUUUCCUUCGUGGGCCCCGACGUCGCAGAGUUCCUCAUCUCGCACCAUUCCCAAAUCCCCGAAAGCCGCUACCUUUUCAAGAAAGCCAUAUCCGCGUGCGCGAAAUCCCAGCUCGCGGAAUUGAUGAAGCCCGCCGUCGAAUGCGGAGACGCGGAAUUCGCCGCCGGUUUGGUCGGCGCCGGCGGCGACGCCAGUUUCCGGGACUCGGAUGGGAAAUCCCUAAUCCCCCUAGCAAUCAGGGCUGGGAAAUUGGACGUGAUGAAGCUUCUGGUAGCUUCUGGUUGUGAAAUCAACGAUUCAGUGGACUUGGUUUUGCACGAAGCCGCGGCGAUGAACCGAAUCGAUUUCAUGGAGUUUUUGUUCGAGUCGUUUGGUGAUGAGUUGGAUGUGAACUCUGUUAACCCUAAGGGGAUGACUCCGAUUCAUGUGGCGGCGAUUGAGGGGCACGUGGGGGUGAUUGAGUUUUGCGUUUUGAUGGGAGGGAACCCUAACGCUGUGGAUUUGAAAGGGUGGACCCCACUUCAUUACGCUGCGUCGAAAGGUCAAUUGAAGACCGUGGAGUGUUUGUUGGAAUGCUCCAAUGUGAAAUACGUUAAGGACAUAGAGGGCAAAACGGCGUUUACUGUUGCGGCGGAGAGCGAGCAUUCGCAGUCGCAGUUGCUUGAUUUGCUUGGUUGGGGCGAUGCGGUGAUGCGUGCGGCGAGGGUUGACGAUGUUCACGGGAUGAAGAGAUGGUUAGGGGAAGGAGCUGCGGUGAAUAGAAGGGACCAGAAUGGGUGGACACCUUUGCAUUGGGGUGCAUUCAAGGGUCGAAUAAAGAGUGUGAAGCUAUUGCUUGAACAUGGUGCUGAGGUUGAUGCUGUUGAUGAUGGUGGUUACACUCCCUUGCAUUGUGCUGCCGAAGCAGGUCAUUUGCAAGUUGCUCUUUUAUUGAUUGCACACGGUGGGUCUCAAUCAAAUCUCAAGGCCUUUACGCAUCUUAACUUGGAGACUCUCCAUAAAAAACAUGUCUCUCUUGAUUAUGUAUCUAAGAGCGUUGCUUUAGGAGAAUUCUAAUUAUUUUUCUGUGUAUAGUGCUGUGACUUUGUAUACUUUGUAUUUUUUUUUUUUACUUGUGGAUGGUAGUUGAUGAAAUGAGGAGUGAAAGAACGGGCUCUGUUCUGCUUCCAAUGAAGCUAUGCAUCCCACUUUAAUAAUAGGCCCUUUUGAAGGGCUCUUAUAUCUUCAUUUUCAGGCUGUACUCGUUAAACAAAAAAAAUGUGAU